CUGUUUUCUGUGAGCUGUUAGGCAUUCCUGAGGUAGUAGGUUGACAUGAGCAACCUUACACAGAAUGUUCAGGAUAUGCCCACACAGGCAGAUGAGCCCGCUCUAAGGAAAAUGAUCAAGGCCCAUUAAGGAUAACAGGAACCACAGCUGACGUAGGAUGGGCUUGGAUUACCAAUGGGAGGUGUCAGUUUACCCGCAGCGGCAGUCAGAGAAACCUCCACUUGAGCUAAGCUGAGCUGCAGGCUUUGCGGACACAGAGGCUGUUUUAUUUAAGGAAAAUGGGCUGGAAAGGAGCGCAUUGUGGCAUCGGUUGCUUUGCGUGGUUCUUGCUGGCUACGGCAGCCACUCGGCAUGCUGGGGCAGCUACCGUGUUUUGGACGGCUUACGUGGAAAUAAGCUACAGAAACGCGAGCGACAACCAGACGGUCACAGAGGUGAGCGAGAGCGGCUUGUAUGGGCUGAAUUCUCCCCUCGACGAGGUGGAGGGGCGCGUGGAGCUACCUGUGACUGACCCCUUGGCCUGCGGCCGCCACACCAAGUUUAACAACACUGAUGGGCCUUGGAUUGCCCUGAUUGAAAGGGGGAAUUGCACCUUUGCUGAGAAGAUCAAGGCCGCUACAGAGAGCGGAGCUACCGCAGUGGUGAUUUACAACCUGGCCGGCACCGGCAAUGAGAGGAGUCCCAUGGUACACCACGGAACCGGGGGCACCGUGGCCAUCAUGAUCGGAUACAUCCGGGGCAUGGAGAUCGUCAGCCUGAUCAAGAAGGGAAUUGCUGUCACCAUGAGCAUCGAGGUGGGAAAGCAGCACGGGCCCUGGAUGAGUCACUACUCUGUGUUCUUCGUCUCCAUCUCCUUCUUUGUGGUGACGGCUGCCACCGUGGGCUACUUCAUCUUCUACUCGGCCCGCCGACUCAACAGCGUCCGCAUGCAGAACAGGAAGCAGAAACAACUCAAAGCGGAGGCCAAGAAAGCCAUUGGCCAGCUGCUGGUUCGGACCUUGAAACAAGACGACCGGGAGACGGGACCAGAUGCUGACACCUGCGCUGUCUGCAUUGAUGUCUACAAGCCUGGUGAUGUGGUCGUCACACUGACUUGCAACCAUUUCUUCCACAAAACAUGCAUUGAGCCUUGGCUACUGGAGCACAGAACUUGCCCUAUGUGUAAAUGUGACAUCCUGAAAGCCCUGGGGAUUGAGCAGCCGGACGUGGAGGAGGCCAGUCACCAGGUCCCCUUGCCUCCAGACUUCAGGUCCUUCCCCAGCAUCCCAGAGGACACGCGCAGCGAGACCGCCUCUUCAGGCUACGCCUCCGUACAGGGCACAGAGGAGCACACCGUCCCUGCUGAGGAAACAGCAGUGUAUGAGACAGUGCAUGAGCUGGCCAGGCAGAACCCUGAUCCUGACGCAGUCCAAGUUGACAUCCAGCCCCACUAUGACAACCUGGCUUUCGAGGGGGAUUCCCAGCGCCACGUGGAUCCCAGGACGUAAAUGACUCCCGUACACCAUUGCGAAAGCUGGAGCAUGGCUUCCCAUUGGACUUGUGCCAUGAGCGAUUCAGUUUGGGGGAAAAAUGUUUUCUGUGGUUAUGAAUCAAAGAACUACUUAUGAGAAACAAGGUGCAGCCAGUACUGCAAGUUUGAGAUUACUAAUAGGAAAAAAAAAUCUACCUAUGCAUAUCCUUUAUAAUGUAAUAUCUAAUAAUGCACCCCUUUCCUCAGUUCACUAGCUCUGUCCAUAAUGAAAAUGGUACUUCAGAGCUGGGUAAGCUAUGCAGUACAGUUUAACGCUGGUUGGUUCAAUUACAUUUUAGGAUGUGAUUUAAUCAUGUUUAAGUCUUCUAAUUACAGGUAUGUGUAUGUCCAAUGAUUAUUUAAUUAGAUACAGGAUUUUAAAUUGUGUGCGUGUGUAUAUAUAAGAUAUCAAUUU